AUGGCGGCAGAGAUGGAGGAGAAGGGGUUCGAGCACAUGGGGCUGGACGGGCGGCUGCUGAGGCGGUCGCCGGGGUUCCGGGAGGGGUGGGCCCUGCUCUGCCACAUGCCCAAGAUCUACCAGGCCCUACUGGUGUCGGCCACCCUGAACCCCGAGCUGGAGGCGCUGCAGGAGCUGGUGCUGCACAACCCCGUGCAGGUGGUGCCCCCCGAGCCCCGGCUGCCCGGCCGUUCCCAGCUGCAGCAGUUCCAGCUGCGCUGUGGCUCCGAGGAGGACAAGUUCCUGCUGCUGGCGGCGCUGCUGAAGCUGCGGCUGCUGCGGGGCCGCGCGCUGCUCUUCGUGGGCAGCCUGGCCCGGGCCUUCCGCCUCAAGCUCUUCCUGGAGCAGUUCGGGAUCGCCGCCUGCGCGCUCAACCCGCAGCUGCCCGCGCGCUCCCGGUGCCACGUCAUCGCCCAGUUUAACCGGGGUCUCUACGAUUACAUCGUGGCCACCGACGAGGAGGGGCCGAAGGGGGACAAGAAGGGUGACGGGAAGGGACAGCCCCCCCAGUGUCCCCAGGACCCCGAGUUCGGUGUCUCUCGUGGCAUCGAUUUCCAGAACGUCGCCGCCGUCAUCAACUUCGAUGUCCCCAGCUCCGUGGAGACCUACAUCCACCGCGUGGGCAGGACGGCGCGCGGGGACAGCCCUGGCACGGCGCUGACGCUGGCACUGCCCGACGAGCUGGAGGGGCUGCGGCGCAUCGAGGACACGCUGGCAGCAGAGAACGGGCAGUCCAUGCUGCAGCCCUACGAGUUCCGCAUGGAGGAGAUCGAGACGCUGCGGUACCGCUGCAGGGACGCCAUGCGUGCUGUCACCAAGCAGGCCGUGCGCGAGGCGCGGCUGCGGGAGCUGCGCCAGGAGCUGCUCAACUGCGAGAAGCUCAAGGUGUAUUUUGAGGACAAUCCCCGGGACCUGCAGGCGCUGAGGCACGACCGGCCCCUGCACCCGGCCAGCGUGCAGCCACACCUGGGCCACGUGCCCGACUACCUGGUGCCCCCCAGUCUCCGCGGCAUCGCCGACCCCAACCCCAAAAAGAGGAAAUGUCCCCGAGGGGCCGGGCCCCGGCGGGGGGGCAGCAAGCCCCGCUCCGGGAAUCCCCUGCAGAGCUUCAGGUUCACCCGGCGAGGGAACAAACGGGGGGCAGCGGGCACCCCCUGAGCCUGGCACGGCUGGGGGCACCCCUGUGCCACCUGGGGACCCACCUGUGCCAUGCCGUGCCCCGCCAGGGCUUGGUGACAAUAAAGGUGCCCCGGAGCCUC